GGAGAAAGAGUAGCCACGGAGUACAGAAUGUUAGUGAGUGGAGGAAGAAAGAAAGUCUAAAGAGAGGACGACUGCUAUUCUACAGAACGAUUAUUUUAGCGAAUAUGUCAAACAACGGGGAAGAUGCGAUUGAGAUGGAGUAAACAACUCGACAGUUCGUGAAAGUAUAUGCAAACAAGGAAAGAUACGGGUUUUCGGUUCGUGUGCUUGUCGGGACGGUUGACCGUGUUCCGCUGCACCUCGAACAGGACAAGGCGAAGUUGCCGUGGGACAAACAGCAGUGAGCUACAUCAACUGACUGCGAUUCGGGGAAAGUAACGUUACCCCCCUAUCGCUACAGUUGAGGAAGGGGGUAUUGGGAAAGAAAGUGGAAGCAAAGGGGCCCGUGAGUGGAGCAACGGUGGAAAGUUUAACGUUAGCCUGUUCCCCCCUCGUUUUUCCAUUCCGAACCAAAGGAAGGGCUCAGAGGGAGACGACUUUUCCUUCCACAAACGCUACUGACUUGAGAUCCACCAAGCUCGCUAGCGAACGUAAACUAUCCUGCAACACUCAAAAUGAAAACCCCCGGAGAUUCGGGGUUUGCCUUUCCAGACUGGGCCUACAAACCUGAGUCGAGCCCCGGCUCGCGACAGAUCCAGCUGUGGCACUUCAUCCUGGAGCUGCUGAGGAAGGAGGAGUACCAUGAUGUCAUCGCCUGGCAGGGGGACUAUGGAGAGUUUGUCAUCAAGGACCCUGACGAAGUGGCCCGGUUAUGGGGGGCCCGCAAGUGCAAACCCCAGAUGAACUACGACAAGCUGAGCAGGGCACUCCGGUAUUACUACAACAAGAGAAUCCUCCACAAGACCAAAGGGAAGAGGUUCACCUACAAGUUCAACUUCAACAAACUGGUCCUGGUCAACUACCCUUUCAUAGACAUGGGCUCCACAGGUAGUGGUGUUCCUCAAAGUGCUCCACCAUUACCUUCCGCAGCCGGAACUCAUUUCCGCUUCCCACCCUCCACGCCGUCCGACAUGCUUUCACCCAAUGAGGACCUGCGUAGCCCCGGGGGCGUGUUCAGCGCCGUGGCUCGACGCAUGGCUCGCGGCUCGGUCAGCGACUGCAGCGAUGGGACCUCCGUCAACUCUGAGAUCGAGGACGGGAACGGGGGAGGAGGGGAGGAGAGGGGGGGAGAGAGAGGGCUGAAUGGGGGGGGAGGAGGAGGGCCAGGGGGAGGAGGAGGAGGGUACAGGAGUAUGAUCCACCCCCGUUUGUCACAUGAGUCUCUGUUUAGGAUGUAUGGUGGAGCUGGGAACCCCAAUGCCCACCCAGGCUCCCGCGGCCCCCUGGGACACAGGGUCCACCCCGACAACCUGUCCCCCUUCCCCGUGUCCCCCCUGCCUGGCCCUGGGGGUGCAGGGCUCAUAGCCCCACCUCUGUCCCCAGCCCUGUCCUUGACCCCCUCUUCCCACCUGCCCUACACCCCGUCCCCCUCCCUCUCCCCCAUGCUGGGCUCCCACUUCUCCUUCAACCCUGAGGAAAUGAAGCGCUACCUGCAGGCCCACCACCAGAGUGUUUACAACUACCACCUCAGCCCCAGAGCCUUCCUCCACUACCCCAACGUCAUCAUUCCCCAGCCACACCGCCUCGCCCAAGACAAGAGAGAACUGGGCGAGAGGGGAGGAGCAGAGAGAGGAGGAGAACGCUCAGGUCUGAAUAGUCAUCGACACCCAUCACCCCUGUCCCAAUCCCACUCUCCUCACCCUCACUCAGCCCACCCUCACCCGCACUCAACCCACCCUCACUCGGGCCAUUCCCACCCCAUCCACCACCCACUGCACCUGGGUGAGGAGCCACCUCACCUCUCGCCCUUCAAGUUCAAGCUGCAGCCUCCUCCAUUGGGCCGGAAGCAGAGGGACGGUAGCCAGGACCACCACCCCAGGCAGAGCUCACUGUCCUCGGGCUCAGGGUCCCUGUCGUCCUCCGGUCUGGGGUCCUCCCUGUCCUUCGGCAGUGACCUGAACUCAGCCGGCGGGUCAGGACUCAUCUCCAACUCCUCCUCCACCGGCUCCCUCAACAGCACCGGGCUGCCCAAGAUCAAGGUGGAGCCCAUCUCAGAUAUUGAGUCAGAAGAGGAGGUGGAGGUGACUGACAUUAGCGACGAAGACCCCGAUGACCGGGGCGACGAGUAUGACCUCUUCUCCCCCCGACACCCCCGGCCUCACCCCAACGGGACCUCCUCCCACCCACACCCCCACGACGAGGACCUGGAUGAGGAUGUCUUCAAGGCCCCCGCGCCCCCCUCCAGGCCUGCUGCCCUUCUUCACUUCCCACCCCCACCGCGGACCUCCCACCCUGAAGAGUGAGCC